GUUUUUUCCUCUGUCUCAGCACGAUCUUUCUCUACUGUGUGCAAGCAUGAUACUUGAGUUUGUUACCAGCCUUGUUCUCGCUCCUACUAUAGAGACGUUGAUUUCCAAAUUGAUUUCGCGUGCUUAUGGAAGGUGGACAGCUUCGAGUUCAAGUUCGCGUUUUGAUCCCGUAACGGAGCUGGCGAAACUUGAAGAUUCACUCAAGAUGAUCCACUCUGUACUUAAAGAUGCAGAGGGAAAACAGGGAAGAGAAAGUGAUGACCCUGUAAGGCUCUGGCUACAAGAUCUCCAAAAGGUGGCUUAUGAUGCUGAGGAUGUACUUGAUGAGUGUGAUUAUGAGCAUCUUCAGUACCAGCUUAAGCCUCGAGGGGGGAAGAAGAAAGGAGAGAAGAGAAAGAAAAGCAGUGCCCCUAGUUUCACCCUUGGUUCUGAUAUAGGUGACAGAAUAAAGGCUAUCAAUGCGCGCUUUGAUAGAUUAAAAGAGCGCGUUUCUCUGCUAAAUCUGAAGGCAUGCCAACAAUGUCAUCCAAUUGCUAGGCAAUUUACACCGACAGACUCCCUUCUUGAUUGUUCAGAAGUUUUUGGAAGGAGAUAUGAUAUUUCGGAAAUUCUUAGCAUGUUGGAUAACUUGAGGAAUAAACAUCCAAUUUCUGGUGUUUCAAUAGUUGGCAUGGGGGGCCUUGGAAAGACAACAGUAGCAAGAUCAAUAUACGAAAUGGCCAAGGAAUGCUAUGAUCUAGUAGUCUGGGUGUGUGUCUCUGAAGACUUCAAUGAGCAAACAAUUGUGAGAGAGAUGUAUGAACAUUUGAAGGUUGGUGUAGUCCCAAGCAGCAUCAAUGUACUGGUUGAAGAUCUUGCAAAAAAAUUAGAGAAGAAAACUUUUCUUCUCAUUCUUGAUGACGUGUGGAACAAAGAUAAAUCCAAGUGGAUUGCUUUCAACAGUCGUCUCUCCGGAAUUUUGAGGACAAUGAGGAAUUCCAUUAUGGUGACAACUCGUGAUGAAGAGGUAGCACUUGAGAUGAGGAAAAUGAAUCUUAUGCGAAAUUCUAUGCAAAUUUAUAAAAUGCAGAAGUUAUCAGAUGAGGAGUGCUGGUCAAUAAUUGAAAAGAGGGUUCUCGAACUAUCGGGACUAGAAUCAAUUUCUCCUAAUUUGAAAGAUAUUGGGGUGGAUAUUGCCAAAAAGUGUGGGGGCUUGCCAUUGAUAGCAGCUGUCAUCAGUGGAACAUUGAGCUCUGAAAUUCAAAAAAGUGCCUGGGAGACUAUCAGAGAUAAUGAUGCAUGGAAUUUGGAUUCAGAAGAUGGAAAAUGGAUUUUAUCGAUACUGAAAAUCAGUUUUGAUCAUUUGCUUCCACCUUUGAAAAAAUGCUUCUCUUAUUGUUCAAUAUUUCCAAAGGAUUUCCUCAUUGAAAAGGAUGAUUUAGUUCAGCUUUGGAUGGCUCAGGGAUUUCUUCACCAGCCUAAUGAAAGCUCCAGGAGAAUGGAAGAAAUUGAUGCACGAUGUAGUGCAUGAUCUGGCAUUGGCU